UGUAAUAGGUUGCCGCAGUCAUUGUUUAGGCAGCGGUAAGCAAGGAUCACUUCUACCAUGUUACUCUUUCAUCUGCUAUUGUUGGUGGUGAGCACCUGCUGGUCGGUUUCCGGACAAGGUGGUAUCCCUACGGUGCCGUGCUACGGUCAGGAUUGUUCUGUGACGCAAUCGACAACAGAAUCGACAACGACAAUUGAGUCGACAACGACAACCUCUACCACAACGUCGUCGACCACCCCGUCACCUGGGACCAAUCAAAGAACGGUGGUGUUCAUCUACAAAUCUACGACACCCGGACAGGACAUGUUCAUCCGUGGUGGAAUCGACAAUACCGUCCGUCCGAUUUGCCAGGACGACGUCAAUGCCGAAACCUCUGACUGCGCAAUUUCCAUCGAGGUCAAUUCUUUGGGGGUUGGUACACACUGGGCGAAAUACGACGCCUGGAGAGUGGGUGACACCAAACUGGACUGGUUCGGGGCUCAGGUGGGACAAGGUACUUACAAUGGUUUACCAGCUUACGGUACGCCUUUGGCCUGGACCACUAAUAAACCGGACCAAAUUCAACACCAUCCAUUAAACGAGUGGGGAGACGCUUAUUGGAUGGUGGAUUUCACCAUGGAUUGUUCAGAGACUGAAAACGGAUGGUUUGACGUCAAAGCUUACCUCACCGAAUUCGCAUCUGGAUGGGAGGCUGACAUCACGCAAUCGCCUUGCACUGGCACGGGAGCUGACGUUCAACCGCCUUAUCCGGGUACCAAGAACCACAUGGCCCGUUGCGGCUACAUCAACAGAUUCAGUUUUGGCAACAACGGCUGUGAGAUCAAUGCCUUUUAAACCAAUGGUUACGUUUUCCCGUUUCCUUUAACAAGUUCAUCACACAGAGUUUGGCUUUUUGCUACGCCAAUAGCUGUCAAAAUACAUUUAUAGGGCACUUGAAA